GCGUAGAUAGUAAAGACCAAGGAAGGAGCUGCUCCUCCAGAGAGAGAGAGAAAACCCUGCCCCUCUGAGCUCCGUAGAGAGAGAAAGAGAGAGCGCCAGCUGCUGCAGCUGCUUCUUCUCGGUGACGACGAGUGGAGUCGGCCUUUAAGCGAAGCGUUCCGACCGAAGGGAGGCCAGCAAACGCCGACAAUUCGGAGCACGAGAUAGAGAGAGAGCGAGAGAGAGAGAAUCCGACAUUGCUGCUGCUGCUGCUGCUGCUGCUGCUGUUCUUUUCUCUGCACCCGCAGCGACAGCUAAGUCGUUACGAAUCGCGGCGCCUUCUUUCCGGGUAUCUCUCGUCUCUGGGUCUCGGUCGACUUCGGAGGUGGGAGACGCGGUUUCGGUGAAGUGGGGUGUUCGAGACGAGGAAGGAGGGGAGGAGAAGAUGCAGAUGCAGAGAGUGGAGAAGAUGGAGUGGCACGCUUGCCUCGACGAGUACGAGAAGCUCUUGUUCCGCAUGAACACCCCGAGGGUGGUGAUCGAUAAUGGUGUCUGUCCCGCUGCCACUAUUGUCAAGGUCGACAGUGCAAGAAAACAUGGGAUUCUUCUGGAGGCGGUCCAGAUCCUGACUGAUCUCAACCUCUCCGUCAAGAAGGCCAACAUUUCGUCUGAUGGAAGAUGGUCCAUGGAUGUUUACCAUGUGACUGACCAAAACGGAAAGAAAUUAACAGAUGAGAGCGUCAUCAGCUACAUGGAACAGUCUCUCGGAACCAUUCACUUUACAAGAACCAGUGACUACACUGGCGUAACGGCACUAGAGCUGACCGGCACAGACCGGGUCGGCCUGCUCUCCGAGGUGUUUGCAGUGUUGGCCGAUCUGCAAUGCGAUAUUGUGGAGGCCAAGGUGUGGACUCACAAUGGCAGGAUCGCUUCCUUAAUAUAUGUCAAGGACUGCAAUUCCGGGUCCCCAAUUGAGGACUCGCAGCAGAUCGAUACAAUCGAGGCGCGGUUGAGGAACGUGCUCAAGGGAGAUAAUGACAUUAGGAGCGCGAAGACAACAGUUUCUCUGGCAGUGACACACACCGAGAGAAGACUGCACCAGAUAAUGUUUGUGGAUCGCGACUAUGAGAGGGAGCCAGUCCUACAGCGGAAUGGUGACUCUCCAGUAGUGACGGUACAACAUUGUGAGAGGGAUUACUCGAUCGUGAACAUCGAGUGCAAAGACAGAACGAAGCUUCUGUUUGAUGUGGUGUGCACAUUGACGGAUAUGGAGUAUGUCGUCUUCCACGCGACCAUUGAUACUACUGGGGAUAGAGCAUCUCUGGAAUUCUUCAUUAAGCACAUGGAUGGAACCCCAAUUAACUCCGAGGCUGAGAGGCAACGUGUGAUCUUAUGUCUGCAAGCUGCUGUCGAGAGAAGAGCAUCCGAGGGUGUGAGGUUAGAACUAUGCACAGCAGAUAGACCGGGCCUUCUAGCAGAGGUCACGAGGACAUUCCGCGAGAAUGGCCUCAACGUGACGAGAGCCGAGAUAUCCACCACGCUGGACACGGCUCUCAACGUGUUCUACGUGACGGACGCAGCGGGGAACCCGGCAGAUCCGAAGAUCAUUGAGGCAGUGAGGCAGGGGAUCGGGCUGAGCGAACUGCAGGUGAAGGAAAUGCCGUUGAUCUACGACAGGAGCCCGGAGAGGGAAGGAGAAGAAGCAGUCGGGGUUGCCGGGGCGGUGCUGCUGUCGCUCGGAAGCCUAGUGAGGAGGAAUCUGUACAAUCUGGGGCUGAUCAGAUCAUUUUCUUGAAAAGGCAAAGAAGAGAAGGGAAUGAGGGAAGGAAAAGGGUAUUUUGGAAAUUGGUAUGGGAGAUUCGUCCACUGAUGUGGGCGGGCAUAUUCUUUGCUUCAGAUUUGGGGCUUCGUGUACAUAGCAGAAGAGGGGGGAAGAAGAACAGCAAAAAGUCGAAAUUUGGUGGAUGGUAGGUUUUGCUAAUAGCUUAGUUUCGAGUGAGGAAGGGGGCUUUUUUAGGGUUUGUUGGUUGGUUGGUUGGUUGUUCAAUUCGACAGGGACCCAGAUUGGAUUUUGGAGGGAUGGAGGGGUCCCAUAUACAAAGAUCAAAUUUUUAAGAAAGUUUGAUUUGAUUUUUAUUUUAUUUUUAUGUUGAAUUAGCCAGGAGUAAAGAGAGAAAAGCUUUGAUUUGAUCAGUGAAGGCUUUUGCUGGUGGUGGUGGCAGUGAUUUGAGAGAUGAGUAGGUGGUAGAGAGGGAAAUAUCAUCAUUUGUUAUUUCUACACAGCAGAGUUGUUGUACAUAAUUGACUUAUUUCUUUUCUCUUCAGUAUUUGGCUUCCAUGGUUGACUUGAUUUC